UCUUAGGAAGAUACUUGAAAUCACUAAAGAUCUACUCUCCAUUGGCGAUUAGCGUUAGGCCUACAUCAUAAAUUCAUAUCAGGAUGGAACAAUCAAAGAAUACGGUGCAAACUAGUUGCUGCCGAGUAGACAAGAAAGAAGAGAAGAGCUGCGAUGAUUGUAAGACGAAAGAUGCUGAAAUCAACAAGCUCGGGAAACAAAUCAGGGAGUUGAUUGAGAAGAUGAAACAUGAGAACCAAUCAAAAGCCUCUCUGCAGAAGGAUCUAAACUGCCUUGGACUUUUGUACAACCAACUGGAAGAGAAAUAUGGACAUCUCGGUCACAUUCAGAGGGAAUAUUGGGAGGCGAAAUUCGAGAACAGAGAUGAAUUUGUCAAAAAGUGGGAAGAACUUGAUAAAUUUGUUCACGACACUUGGGAGAAAGAUCACGAGGAACAUCGAUACAUGCACCAAGUUAAGUGUGAGAGUGAUGAUGUUGCAGCGAGGAACAGGAGCCUUGAAACUCAAAAUAUAGAUUUGAUACAGACUAAUGCACAUUUUCGUAAAGAACACGAGAGAAAGAAUAGCGAAAUCGACAGGUUGACAAAAGAACUUAAUCAUAGCACCAGUGAGUUGAAGAACCUCUCGGAAAGGAAUUUUCACUUGAAGAAGGAAUGGAAAGAAAUGCAAGAAGGGGUUCAAGGGGUGGAUGAGAUGUCACUUGAACACGAUCGUAUAUUGGGAAUCAAACAUGAAGCGAUUGAAAUAUUAGAAGAAGAAAAGAAAACACUGAGAACAAAAAUGACAGAAAUGGAAAUUCAAAUCGACACAGUAAGAGGUAACCAUUUUCAGCUUACCGAACAAUAUUGCCAAUUACGGAACAGCUUGAAAGAAACGAAUAAGGAGUUGAAGGGAGCAAAAGACAUGGCAAGUGAAUACGAGAGAACAUUAAAAUCAAACAAAGACACUAUCAUAAAGUUAGAGGACGAAAAGAAUGCUAUGGAAAUAAAUUUAGCUGAGUUAAAAAGCAAUUUAGAAAGAAUAGAAAAGGACCGUCUGACUGAAAACAAUAAGGUCAAUGUUGCAACAAAAGAUAUUGGCACAUCUGAAAUACAAAAUUCGUCGAAAUGGUGGCAUGGGGUGAAAAAGGACAAGAAAUUAAAUAACUCGGGAACUAAAGUAAAUAGUUCGAUGAAGAGCAAUGAAGGCACGGUUCAGAAAAUCGAGCAUAUUCAAGCUGCGAGGCCAUCAAAAGAAGAAAAACGUGAGCAACAACCUAUGCACGACUUCGACAGGCGCAUAGACAGCAGUGGUGGGUCUUUGUGGAGGUCCCAGUCUGCUGUAAGCGAUAAGAAACCAAUGAAAGAAAAGAAACAGGAGCAACAACCAAAUCCCUACAGCAGUGGUUGGUCUUCGUGGUGGUCCCAGUCUGCUGUAAGUGAUAAGAAACCAAUCAAAGAAAAGAAACAGGAGCAACAACCAAAUCCCUACAGUGGUGGGUCUUUGUGGAGGUCCCAGUCUGCUGUAAGCGAUAUGAAACCAAUGAACGAAAAGAAUCAGGAUCAACAACCAAAUCCCUACAGCAGUGGUGGGUCUUUGUGGAGGUCCCAGUCUGCUGUAAGCGAUGAGAAACCAAUGAAAGAAAAGAAUCAGGAUCAACAACCGAAUCCCUACAGCAGUGGUAGGUCUUUGUGGAGGUCCCAGUCUGCUGUAAGUGAUAAGAAACCAAUGAAAGAAAAGAAUCAGGAGCAACAACCGAAUCCCUACAGCAGUGGUGGGUCUUUGUGGAGGUCCCAGUCUGCUGUAAGUGAUAAGAAACCAAUGAACGAAAAGAAACAGGAGCAACAAACAAAUCCCAACAGCAGUGAUGGAUCCUACUGUAGAAAACCAAUGAAAGAAAAUAACCAGGAGAAACGACCAAAUCCCUACAGCUCUGCGGGUUGUUAUGGGAAGAAAUACCAGACAGAGAAGGACUUGGCCACAAGUGAUGACGCUGAUACACUAACUAUCGACUCUGGGGUUGUGUCCGAUGCAUUUAGUAUUUAGUGUAGACAUGGAUCUGUGGUGUUUGCAGGACGAACAGUGUUAAAUAAACUUACUAAAUAUAUGAAUGAAUUACUUCAUAUUCUGAAAGCGAUUGUCUGACCAAAGGCGAUCACCAUACCAGGAGCACACCGAGGUCGUAAACUCGCUACACUUGUACAUUGACUGUUUGCUAUUCAACAUAAUAGUGAUAGUAUUACGAAACGGUGCAAUGUUGACAUCAAUUUUAUCAUUAUAUAGAAAUAUUACAUUCUUUUAUUCUGGCGAUCAUAUUGUAAAAAUAUGUAUAUUUCUUGAAUUUCGGAUACAAACCAUUUUGUGACUUUCGUACCAAGUAUGACAUUUACACCAUGAAAAUGAAAUCAAAAGUUAUUACUUAUAGCCAAUUAUUUUAUUUUUUGGCAAAUAAACUUUGGACAAUUUUAAGCAUUUGUAUUUGAAUUUGUAUCCGACUUUGCAUGAGAGCAGAAGCCAGAAUUCAAAGUCUAA